AUGGCACACCAUGCGAUCCUCAGGGAUAUUAUCAUGCUGGAAAACCAAAUCCCUCUCUUUUUGCUUAGAGAAGUCCACAAAUUUUAUCUGCUGCAUGAAGAUCAUGACCAAGCAUUAGCCACAAUGCUGAUGGGUUUUUGCAAAGAUCUAUCACCCAUCAAGUACAUUAAUUACCAACAUAUUUCAGAAGAAUGUUUUGAGAGAGCUCAUUUGCUAGAACUUCUCUACCACAUGGUUGCACCAAAGCUGCAACUUGUACUUGAUUAUCUCACUGCCGUUCUCUAUCUCUCUCUGCCAUCGUUCUUCUCUACCGAUGUCGUCUCCACCUCCGGAAGAGUGCAGGAAUCAUUUCUCAAAGAAGAAUUGAGUCCUUUGGUCGAAGAGUUUGCAAUCCCAAGCCUGACACAACUUCAUAAAGUUGGUGUCAAAUUUCGCCCAACAAAGGGUGGAUUGGAAUCCAUAAAUUUCGACAAGUGUUGUGGUAAAUUUUACCUUCCCGUUAUUCAUUUGGAUGAUAACUUGGAAGUUGUGCUAUGGAACCUGGUGGCCUAUGAGGCAUGCAUUGCGCCGGAGGUGAUGGUUUUUACACGUUACAUGGAAUUGAUGAAUGGAAUAAUUGAUAGUGAGGAGGAUGUGAGGAUUCUUCGAGAGGCGGGGAUCAUCUUGAACCGACUCAAAAGCAAUGAAGAAGUAGCAACGCUUUGGAAUGGCAUAACGAAGUCUGUGAGGGUAACGAAAGUUCCCAUUCUGGACAAGGCCAUUGAAGGUGCAAAUACUUAUUAUUCGGGGAGUUGUAAGGUCAGGAUGAACGUGGCCAUGAAGAAGUACGUCUUUGGUUCAUGGCCAUGUCUUACGUUUCUAGCAGCGAACAUUCUGAUUUUGUUGUCUACUCUGCAGGCUGCGUGCACGAUGUACAAUUGCUCCAAAAUUUUCAAGGCUCUAUGA